UAUCUCUCUCUCUCUCUCUCUCUCUCUCUCUCUCUCACAACGUCUUGCUUAAGGUGGGGUUAGCCUAGGCCUAAGUAACGGGGGUGUUGAUUUGGGGUUUUCUUAGGGGAUAUGAAAGAAAAAACUCUGAAAUUCUCUUUUCUCUAUUAAGCAUUUCUCAAAGAUAAACCCAGCUUCUCUUCUAAUUCUUCUGAUUUGGUUUCCUUUUCAUCUUAUUUUCGAUCUGCUCUUUCUAUCACUUAUGGGUUCUUCAUACAGCAAAAGCCCCAGUUUCUGCUUCUCGAUCUGAUGGAAAGGCAAGUCGGCGUUGAUCUGAAUGGAUUUGCAUUUAGUCCAAAACACAUGCCGUCAGAGGUCAAGGGUUUGGUUUUUGAGAGCUAUGUAAAGAACUAAUUUUCCAUUUUGUUGUUUGCUCUUUGAAGAAUUUGUUCUGUUUUGCUUUCUAAUAAUUUUAUACUCUCUUCCUUUGCACUCUAGAUUUGGUUAAGUUUUCACUCUAGUUCUAAAACUGUGAAUACUUGGUCUCUCAGUUUCUAUUUGUGAGAAGUAAUUUUUUGAAUGUAUUCAGUUCUUUCAUUCUAUUUGUUCCUUUUCUAUUUUCAGGUAGUUGAGAAAAAGCUUGACGGGUAUGAACCGAAUAUUUUGUUUGUACUUUGAUCAGUUGUUUUUUAGCCCAACUCAAACUAAUGGUACAUUUUCACUUUGAUUGAUGUUUUUGGUGUGAACGGAAAAGUGUUUUGAUGGAUUUCUUUGCUUUGUUAAAUUAUUGCUGGCGCUGUAUUUGAGAGCAUGUUGGCUGGAAACAAUAUGGGCAAUGUUGGGUUUGUUGAGAUCUAUGCCUCACGUAAUAUGAUUAUUGAUCAAAAAUCUUUGAUCAAAAAGUAUCCAAAGGAGGAAGCAAAGGCUGCUCUAAUGAGUAGAAUCCAAAGGCUAACCAAACUCAUCCUUGUUUCUACAAAAAAUACAAUCCCUGGUUUGGAUGAGAUUCCUAGUCAUCAGAGAUAUCAUUCUGUUGGUGAGGAUGAUGUUAUUUGAUGACAGUGAAGACAUCUUUCUACCAUGAUGAAGGGAACUUCUUUUUCCUAUCGUG